CUGAGGAGGAGAUCUCUCUCUGUCUGGCUCGGGGGAAGUCUGCGGCGCAGAUCUAUCUGCAACUUCAUGAUGAUGGUGCCGAGAAUCGUCCGCCGUUUUCUUCAGCUGUUAAUCCUUUUUCUCCUCCUCCUGGGGAUCACGACCUGGUGCUACAGCAGUUUCGAAGUCACGCAAGAAAAGGGUAGGGAUCUCAGUCUCAGAAAAUCUACCAAUUUUACAAAGGGCGCGCCGGAGGCCCCAGGCGGCGCCACCGUCCUCGUGCUCAGCUCCGUCGGCCGCAGCGGCUCCUCCUUCCUCGGCGAACUCAUUGCACAGCUUCCGAACACUUUUUAUAGUUUCGAGCCGCUGCACUACUACGAGAAGAGCACCAAGGAGGCGAUCACCCCCCGCCUAGCCUGGGACACCGUCAAGGCCCUCUCCAGCUGCCGGCUCGAGGGAGGCUGGCUGAGGGCGACGGCGCGCAGGGGCCUCCUGCGCUCGGAGGCGGGGGCGGUCUGCCAGGCGGAGGACGCCGGCGAGGCGGCCCGUUGCGCCGGGGAAUUCUGCCGCAACAGGACGCGCCUGGUGCUCAAGGCAAGGCCUCCGGCAGAUCUUCGUCUUGACCCCCGGCGCUUGAUGCGGGAAGUGUCUCCGGCGAGGGCGUCGCUGCCGAAUCACACGCGUGCAUGCACUUGA